ACACCACUAUCCGACCCAUUUUAGUCGACACUUGACACUACACAACCCACUCAUCUUAAGUUGUCUGAAGACAAGGUCCAUCUGUAUUCAAUCAAACUCAAGAAGGUCUUCAAUUAGGGCUUUAAGAGAUUGAAUUUUGCAAAUCAAUCAUCCUCUAUUUCUUGAUUUCUUAAUUCAGUUGAGUUGGGUUUACCAUUUACCAGAUGGGGUUGUGUUUAAAUUAGCUUAAAUUGGUUCUACACAAAAGCUGGAAUCAAUGGCUUGGAAGAACAGAGGAGGGUCAGAAUUGAAUUCAAGAAACUUGGUGUCAAGAAAGUUGACUUUUAUUUUGUGUAUCUGUUGCUUCUUUGUUGGAGUGCUCUUCACUGACAGAAUGUGGACCGAGCCCGAAGCUAAAGGCAUAUCUAAACCAACUGGAAUCGAAGCCGAAAGGCUCAAGUUAUUAGCAGAUGGAUGUGACACAUCAAAGAAUGUAAGGAGGGACUCUAAAGACAUAACGGGGGAAGUUUCAAAAACGCGUGAUGUUAUCGAAACAUUAGACAAAACAAUUUCGAACUUGGAGAUGGAAUUAGCAGCUGCUAGAGCCAUGCAAGAUUCUAUAGUUUCUGAUACCCCGAUAUCCGAUUAUUUACGGCUACCCGAGCCAAUUAAAAAAAGAAAAUAUUUAAUGGUUAUUGGCAUUAAUACUGCUUUCAGCAGUCGAAGAAGACGAGACUCUGUUCGUGCUACUUGGAUGCCUCAAGGUGAUAAACUCAAAAAGCUUGAGGAAGAAACGGGUAUUGUGAUGCGAUUUGUGAUAGGUCACAGUGCUACAUCAGGUGGUAUUCUUGAUAGAGCGAUUGAAGCCGAAGAAAAGAAGCAUGGAGAUUUCUUGAGGCUGGAACAUAUUGAGGGUUACCUUGAAUUAUCAGCAAAAACAAAAACGUAUUUUACUACCGCAGUUGCUCUGUGGGAUGCUGAUUUCUAUGUCAAAGUUGAUGACGAUGUACAUGUAAAUAUAGGUACACUUGGAGCAACAUUAAGUAGAUAUCAGUCAAAACCUCGUGUGUAUGUCGGAUGCAUGAAAUCAGGUCCUGUUCUUGCCCACAAAGGAGUGCGAUAUCAUGAACCCGAGCACUGGAAAUUCGGUGAAGAAGGAAACAAAUAUUUCCGUCACGCCACAGGACAAUUAUACGCCAUUUCAAAAGAUCUAGCUACUUAUAUCUCAAUAAACCAACACGUGCUACACAAAUACGCCAAUGAGGACGUUUCACUGGGAUCAUGGUUCAUUGGACUCGACGUCGAGCACAUCGACGAUCGGCGGUUGUGCUGUGGCACACCACCAGAUUGCGAGUGGAAGGCUCAAGCAGGGAACAUAUGUGUGGCUUCAUUUGAUUGGAGUUGCAGCGGGAUUUGCAGGUCUGCCGACAGAAUGAAGGAGGUUCACAAGAGGUGUGGCGAAGACAAGACUGCGGUGUGGAAUGCAUCUUUUUGACACUAUGUUCAUACGUCUGUAUAAAUAUCGAGAGAAAUGUAGAAGACGAAAAUAGAGGUCGCAGGCACAGGGGUUCGGCUCUAUUUUAGCCGCACCCCUUGUUGUAGCGACCUAUAUAUAGAGUUAACAAAUCGUUGUUUUAUGAACAUAAGAGCAACCAUCUCGGUGCUCCUUUUAUGGUAGAAAAGGGAAUUUAUAUUAGUGAUAGGCAACUCGUUUCAAA